AUGGGCUUGUGUCAGUCCGCUGAGGACAAACAGCUUUCGCAAAAAAGCAAAGCAAUCGACAGGGAAAUGAUGCAAGGUCAUAUUGCACAACAAAAAGUCGUCAAACUUCUUCUUCUAGGUGCUGGUGAAUGUGGGAAAAGUACCGUUCUGAAACAGAUGAGGAUCCUCCAUGAUCAUGGAUUUUCCCCCGAAGAAGCCAUUCAGCAAAAAGGUGUUGUCUAUAACAAUACCGUACAGGCGAUGGCAAUGAUUUUACGAGCUAUGAACAGCUUGAAAAUUUCAUUUGAAGAUCCAGCUAGAGAGAAUGAUUCCCGUGUGGUACUGGAUACGAUCAAGGCCGCUCAGGAAUCUGAGCCAUUCACGCCAGAGCUUACCCAAGCUCUGAAAAACCUAUGGGCUGACCCUGGUGUGCAAGCAGCGGUCAGUCGAGGGAACGAGUUCCAGCUGGUCGAAAGUGCUCCACACUUCCUCGGAUCUGUCGAGCGUAUUGCAUCCAAAGACUAUAAACCCACAGAGCAGGAUAUAUUACUUUCACGGAUAAAAACCACUGGCAUUGUAGAAGUUAAAUUCCAAAUGAAAAAUGUAGAUUUCCGGCUAAAUUACAGAGUUUUCGACGUGGGCGGACAACGUUCGGAACGAAAAAAGUGGAUUCACUGCUUCGAAGAUGUCAAUGCUAUUAUAUUUAUCGCCGCUAUAUCCGAAUACGAUCAAGUGCUUUUCGAAGAUGAGACCACGAAUCGAAUGGUGGAAUCGAUGCGGUUAUUUGAAUCGAUCUGCAACAGCCGAUGGUUUAUUAAUACCUCAAUGAUUCUUUUUCUCAAUAAAAAGGAUCUGUUUGCUGAGAAGAUCAAGCGAACCAAUAUUACUACUGCUUUUCCCGACUACAAAGGUGCUCAGACAUACGACGAAGCGACGGCAUUUAUCGAAGAGAAAUUCGAGGGAUUGAAUGCAAAUCCAGAAAAAACUAUAUACAUGCAUCAGACAUGUGCCACAGAUACUAAUCAAGUACAAAUGAUCCUUGACUCCGUUAUCGAUAUGAUUAUUCAAGCUAACUUGCAAGGUUGUGGACUGUACUGA